GUCUGUAACAGUCACCCUCGGAGCCCAAAACAUACAAAAGUAAGAAGAAUGGCAGAGGAUUGAGGUCAUAAAACAGUUUCCUUACGCAAAAUAUGACCCUGAUGGUCUCCACGACAUCAUGUUACUGAAGUUGGAGGAGAAAGCCAACCUGACACUGGCUGUGCGGACACUCCCCCUUCUACCCCAUGUCACCUUCAUCUGUCCUGGGAGAAUGUGCCAGGUGGCUGGCUGGGGAAGAACAGGUGUGAAGGAACCAGCCUCCAGCACUCUGCAAGAGGUGAAGCUGAGACUCAUGGAGCCCCGGGCCUGUAGCCACUUCCCUGCUUUUGACCACAAUCUCCAGCUGUGUGUGGGCAAUCAGAGCACAAAAUCUGCUUUUAAGGGAGACUCAGGGGGCCCUCUUCUGUGUGCUGGGGGCCAGGGCAUUGUCUCCUAUGGACUGUCCAAUGCAAAGCCCCCUGCCAUCUUCACCCGGAUCUCCCCUUACUGGCCCUGGAUCGAUGAGGUCCUGAAAGAGAAUUAACCUGGAACCUG